GCGAGCUCGUUCGGGCUGGACUGGGAUCUGAGCUCACACAAACCUCUCCCCGGCAGACUCAUCCCUCCUGGGGGGAAGAGUCGGAGCCCCGAGCCCGCCGGCUAUGAGCCACCUCUACAGCCCCCACCUCUCCCCUAUGGGCUCUCCAUCCAUGCUGUACCUCCCUGCCGCGCUGGGCUUUGCCCCCAGCAGCGCAAUUACCCGGCAGGACCCUCCUCAGAAACCUCCCUACAGCUACAUCGCCCUCAUCGCCAUGGCCAUCAAAGAGGCUCCGGAGCAGAAGGUGACCCUCAGCGGUAUUUAUCAGUUCAUCAUGGACCGCUUCCCUUUUUAUCACGACAACAAGCAGGGCUGGCAGAACAGCAUUCGUCACAACCUCUCCCUCAACGAUUGCUUCGUCAAAGUGCCCCGGGAGAAGGGUCGGCCGGGAAAAGGCAGUUACUGGACCCUGGAUCCGCGCUGCUUGGACAUGUUCGAGAACGGUAACUAUCGCCGGAGGAAGAGGAAGCCCAAAGCUUCGGGGCCUCCGGAGGUUCGCAGCGGUUCGGCUCCCCCCGACGGCGGCCGCCCCGACGAACCCAAGCGGGCCAAAGGGAGCGAGACGGGGCAGAGCCCGGCUGGGGAUUCGGCCGAUGAGGGGCUUGCGAGGCCGGCAGCGGGGCGGGGGGGAGGAGAUGCUGUCUCCGGGUGCCUGGAUCGAGGCGGUGCCGCCGCUCCCCGACCCCCCGACGGCUCGGGGGGGCCGCCCGCCGCCGGUGCUGGGCACAAGAGGGGCCGGAGCUUCAGCAUCGAGAGCAUCCUAGCCCAGGGGCUGCGGCAGAACCCCCCCGGGGCAGCCCCAAAGGCCCGGGAGAGCCCCGUCGGUUCGCUGGUGGCCAGCGGAGGCUUCGGUUCGGCCCUCAAUGCUUCCCUCAUGCUCGACUCCCAGGUGCACGGGAGGCUCUACCACAUCGGCAUCCCCUUCCUCUCCUGCUUCCCUUUCCACUUCUCUGAGGCGGUAUUUAAUUUCCAGUAGUUGCCCCCAUUAUGAUAUGUGUCCUCCCCCCCCUCCCUCCCCCCUCCCCCCCGUUCUGCUCGCUGAGAAGGGAGAACCCAGACUCGGACCUCACCACGCGGGUAGGGACCUAAAAGCGAUGCUAAAUGUUACUCAGGAUUUCAGGGCAUUCUCAAGGCACCUCUCACUGCAAAGCUCUCUUUUCCCAUUGCCUCACCCUCUGCCAGAUCGACUGAAAGGUAAACCAGAUUUUUCUCACAUCACAAAGAAGGGCAGCUCUGGGGGGGGGAGAAGGGGGGGAAGGGGGUAUGCUGGCCUCUAAGCCCUGCUAGGUUUGCUCUGCAGCUUUAACCUUUGCAUCCAGCAAGAUCCUCAGCUUUCUGCCAAAUCCUUCCGCUCUCCAGUUUUCUUUAUUUUUAAUUUUUCCUUUUGGAAACCAAACCUGUCCCUCUUCUCUCUUGGAAAAGAGGCUGAGAUUUGUGUUGCUGUUCAUAUUCUGCCUGAGAUCGGCCCAGUCCACCAAGAAGGGGAACCAGAGCUGGAACAGGGGCAAACAAAAGAACUCAGGCUCAUCCUUCACAGCUCUGCUUGCUUUGACUCAGCACUGUAUAGAAUUCAAGCUGGUUCCCUGCCCAUCACUGUCCUUCUCAAGUACUGCCACAGCUCUUCUGCCUCACUGUUGUGACUGUGGAGAGAGGGAUGGCUGAGCAAACAUGUCUGGAACAAGAAGUUGGUUUCCACGUGUUGCUGGAAUCAGAUGCUUCUGACCAAAAAAGAUUGGGCUGCCGAGGCUGAUUUUGGCAUUUUGAAGUGUUAACAACCUGGAAAUGAAA